AUGCCUUUGAUGAGAGAACUCAAACAAAACUUUGGCGAGAAGUUGCAUGGGUUCAUUCAUGAUCUCUUGAUAGAAUUUUGUUCUGAUCUGUCUUCUCCUGUGGUCUGCCCUCUAGAGUUACACGAAAAAUUGAAGGCCAAUAUAGGUGAUCGUUCACCCAGUCCUGAGUUGUAUAGGAGUUUGAUUGGCAAGUUAAAUUUCAUAAAACAUAUUAGGAUAGAUUUGUCAUUUUCUCUGCAGCAUCCUUGUGUUCCUCAUAUGAAAGCUGCCUUGCACCUCUUGAGGUACUUGAAAGGGACUUCUAAUUUACGGUUGUUCUUCAACAGCUCCUCUGAUUUUUCUCUUCAAGUUUAUUGUGACAAUGAUUUGGGUUCUAGUCCUGAUAGUAGACGGUCAGUGACUAGUUUUUGCAUUAUGUUGGGUGGCAGUUUGGUCAGCUGGAAAUCCAAGAAACAACGUGUUGUCUCUCUAUCCUCCGCUGAGGCUGAGUACAAGUCCUUGAGAAAAGCUGUGGCUGAAAUUUCCUGGCUCUCUAGACUUUUAUCUGAUUUUAGGUUUACUAAUCUUUCUUCUAUUCCUGUCUACUGUGAUAACUAG